AUGGCGGAGGAAGGCGCCUGCCGCGCCGUGCCUCGCCUGCCCUGGGCGACCAUCCUGCGCGCGAUCGUGCUCCUCUUUCUGCUUGGGGUGACGAUCUACUGCUGCUUCUGCAGACAGCCGCCUGAGCAACCUGGGUGGGACGUAGCUGAGCUCCACUUGAAUCUCACGGGUCCCAGGCAGGACUCUGGGCUUCCCUGGAAAGCAGGCCCAGCCUUGGGCCGCUCCUUCCUGCAUGGACCAGAGUUAGACAAUGGGCAGGUGCGUGUCCAUCGUGAAGGCAUCUACAGACUGCACAUUCAGGUGACACUAACCAACUGCUCCUCUGCAUGGACCACCACACCACGAAAGGCCACCCUGGUCGUGGGUAUCUGCUCGCCCACAACCCACAGCAUCAGUCUGCUGCGUCUGAACUUUGGCCAGGGCUGUACUGUCUCCUCCCAGCGCCUCACGCCCCUGGCUCGUGGGGACACCCUUUGUACCAACCUCACCUUGUCGCUGCUACCUUCCCAAAAUGCUGAUGAGACCUUCUUUGGCCUUCAGUGGGUCCAUCCUUAA